AUGCGGGUUGAUGGGAAGGGUGUGGACUUGGAUGUUGUGAAUGAUCCGGUCAGUCUAGUCUCUGCCUCACAACAACCUUGGGAGAUUUGCCCUUCGCUACAGUCACCAGGGUCUCACUUCAGUACUUUCCCAACUGAAACUCUGCUGAUGCGCGAAUUGAAGAAAGUCGCGGUCAAGGUUUUCACGUUGUACGAAAUGAAGUCUACUGUGUUCAUGGACACUUUCCGUAUCAGAAAUGGAUUCGCACAUGCUGUCAAAAUUGAACCAUGA